GCCUGCAGCGGCGUCGCCGGAGCGCCCGCCCCGCCGGAUCUGCAGCUUUGAAGCCACUCACGUGAGCCACUGUAUUCUUUCUCCAAAAGGAAGUCCAGUCUGCUGUGCCUUUGCCUAAGAAAAUGGAGAAGCUGAUGUCAGAGAAGCCUGUUCCAGUGUCUAAGGAUGAAACGCUUUCCCUUCCUUCCCAGGCCAAGCCAGAUACAAACUCAUGCCCUCAUGCUUCUGGCAAAUACUUCCUCCCUGGUGGGACAGACACUGAGGACUGUAAGACUAACGACAAGGAAAGGAAGUGGAUCCGUCCUGAUACACCCAGCAAAUGCACGUGGAAGCUUGGGAAACCCAUCUCAGCAUCCCCCCAUCGUCAUAUGUCCCUGCCAGAGCCUCCAAAUAUCCUGCCCAACAUCCUGAAUAAAGUUGGCAACACACCGUUGGUGCGAAUCAACAAGAUUGGGAAGUACUUUGGGCUGAAGUGUGAACUCUUGGCAAAAUGCGAGUACUUCAAUGCGGGGGGCAGCGUGAAAGACCGCAUCAGCCUGAGGAUGGUAGAGGAUGCUGAGAGAGCUGGGAUCUUGAAACCUGGAGACACAAUCAUAGAGCCAACCUCUGGAAACACAGGAAUUGGGCUGGCCUUGGCUGCAGCAGUGAAGGGUUACCGCUGUAUCAUUGUGAUGCCAGAGAAAAUGAGUAUGGAGAAGGUGGAUGUCCUGAGAGCUCUGGGUGCUGAGAUUGUGAGGACCCCAACUACUGCCAGAUUUGAUUCUCCUGAAUCUCACGUGGGCGUAGCAUGGAGACUGAAGAAUGAAAUCCCCAACGCACAUAUCUUAGACCAGUACCGUAAUGCCAGCAAUCCCCUGACACACUACGACACUACAGCUGAAGAGAUCCUGCAACAGUGUGAAGGGAAAAUAGACAUGCUGGUGGCUACAGCUGGUACAGGAGGUACCAUCACUGGCAUCUCCAGAAAGCUGAAGGAGAAGUGUCCAGGUUGCAAAAUCAUAGGUGUUGAUCCUGAAGGCUCCAUCCUUGCUCAGCCGGAUGAACUGAACAAGACCGACAAGACGAUGUAUGAAGUGGAAGGAAUUGGAUACGAUUUUGUCCCCACAGUGUUGGAUAGAUCUCUGGUGGACCAGUGGUACAAGAGCAAUGAUGAGGAGUCAUUUGCUUUAGCACGCAUGCUAAUCCGAGAGGAAGGACUGCUGUGUGGUGGCAGCUCAGGCAGCGCAAUGUCUGUAGCUGUGAAGGCAGCCAAAGAGCUGAAGGAGGGUCAGCGCUGUGUUGUUAUCUUCCCUGACUCUAUCAGGAACUACAUGUCCAAGUUCUUGAGUGACAAAUGGAUGAUUCAAAAAGGGUUCAUGACAGAAGAAGACCUUGUCAAAAAACCUUGGUGGUGGAACGUCAGUGUUCAGGAGUUAAGCCUCUCAGCUCCCCUGACUGUGCUUCCAACUGUUACCUGUGCCAAGACUGUUGAAAUUCUCCGUGAGAAGGGGUUCGACCAGGUACCAGUUGUUGAUGAAUCUGGGGUGAUUUUGGGCAUGGUUACUCUAGGUAACAUGCUUUCUUCACUGCUUGCUGGAAAAGUUCAGCCUUCAGAUGAAGUCAGCAAAGUCAUCUACAAGCAAUUCAAGCAGGCAGAUAAUCAAGGAUCAGGUGGAAAUGUGAUUAACCUGAAAGACAACUUGGGGAGACUCUCUCAUAUCCUGGAAACAGACCACUUUGCUCUAGUGGUUCACGAACAAAUUCAGUAUCACACUGAUGGCUCCUCCAGUAAGCGGCAAAUGGUGUUUGGCAUUGUUACAGCCAUUGACCUGCUCAACUUUGUGACUGCGCGAGAACGGGAAAGAAAGAUCAACUAAAGUCAAGGAGCAGCUGGGAACCUCUUCAGUAAUAUUUUGCAAUCUCCAACAAAGAAUCAGGUUUAUUUCUUAGGUCGAAUGGUCUGUUCUUAAGGUGUUUGUUUUGAGAUUCCGCAAAUAAGCAGUUAGCAAUCCUGGUGUCAGCUAUACAGCUAGUGCUUUCUACUUAUUGCACAGUUCCUGGGAGUUCGUUUCUUAAUCAGGAUACGUGAUAUUUCUUAAGACAAUUUAUUUUUUUACCUAUAUAUAUGUGUGUGUAAAAAUAUUGCCUAAAUUAACUGGUGUGUUCCUUAUCUGUUGCAUCCAAAGCCUGGCUUUUCAAAAAUGUUUUCAGAUGCAUUAAAUAUGUUGAAAAGAGUUAUAAAGCAGAAGGGUAAGAGCUCUGGAAAGCGUAUUUUUUAAUGUGCAGGGUUCAGUUAGACAAUGUAGGCUGGAAACAAAAACAUGGAAUUGGGCUGUGAAGAAAGGAGGAGGUGUUUCACUUUUGGUGACAUCAGUGUAAAAUGGGAGCAAAGCUCGAGGGCUGGAGUUAGAGGAGCUUGAGACAGAGCUGACUUAGCUGACAAACAAAAGAUAGUGAUUUGUUCUACACAGUGCACCAGCUUUCAUUGCAAAGAUAGGCCUUUCUCUCUCUUCCAACUAUACCUCAAUAAGUAAGCAUGGAUGGAAAGGAAGAAAGCCUGAGCUUUUUGCCUGAAGGUUGUUUGCAAGGAUGCUGUCUCAUCUAGGACAUUCCCCUCACUUCCCAGUCUCCUUUUAUCUAUGUUUAUGCCUGUUUUAAAAAGCCAGAGGUAAUCCAACAUUAUCUGUAAACUGUUUUUCAAGUCCUGUUCAAGUGCUCCUGAACUGCAGCUCCUUAUGGAACGUGCAGUAGGUGAAUGCAUCAACGACUUCCAUAAUUCUUUGUAUUUUUUGAUUGUGUUUGACUUAGGUGGCUGCAGGAGUUUGUUGGCAGUAGCAGCUCAUCCACACACUGGUUAUGAUGGAUGGAAUCUCACCCUAUGGUUAAAGGAGCAAAGUGGCCAUUCUUCAUCUUAAUUAAGACUCACUGUAUUCUGACUGACCCUUUGCCAAGAAUGAAAGUUAUGAUCAGUAAGAGUGACAUUUCUUAGCUUCUCUCUUCUUUCUACCCUGCUGGCCUCCCUGUGGCAGUGGAAUUGAACUGUGUGCCAUGAGGAGAGAUGUCCUCUGUUCUCUAUCAGAAAGCCCUGUCCCACAUCAGUGCUGAGCAAAACCAUAAAGCAGAGCCUUUGCAGUUGCUUGAUGGUGACUUGGAGGAGGCAGGAAACACAAAGGUAGGCAGAGUUGCAGUCAGGAGAGGAGAGAAAGGAAGCAGAAGUCACCAAAGCAAUCUGCUCUCUGUGACUUGGAUGGAAGCAGGUGGCCUUGCGAUUUUAAUUAACAGGUUGAUACUCUAGUGGAUUAUUCUACAGGCAGAAUACAGUCUACAUCCACUUUUUGAGACUUUUAGUGUCUGGAUUCAUCUUUUAAAACUGUUUUCAUAGAAGCUAGACAGCAAGAGUCAUCAUUUUGGUUCACUGGGGACAGAAAGCACCCUCCAGAAUGAUUAAUCUUUAAUACCCAUUGUGGAAUAGGGCUGAAUGACACCAGAAGAUACUUACCUUAAAAUAUGGUUUAACCAUUAAAUUCAUAGAAUCGUAGAAUGGUUUGGGUUGGAAGGAACCUUUAAGAUCAUCCAGUUCUAACCCCCUGCUACAGGCAGGGACACCUCCCUCUAGACCAGGUUGCUCAGAGCCCCAUCCGGCCUCGCCUUGUGGGCAACCUGUGCCAGUGUUUCACCACCAUCGCAGUAAAGAAUUUCUUCCUUAUAUCUAGUAUACCUAUACUUCUGUGAGAUUUAAGCCAACUUUUGCUAAGACUCUGGAAUAAACUGCCAUACAAUAUAGAAAAUUUGCCAUUUCAACAACAGUUGGUUUUAGAGGACGGUACGUUUCUUUAAUUUUUGCUGCUGUUUUGCCUCAUGUUUUGUAGUGAUUCUGCCAGUGACAGAUGUAAUAACUCAUCUUUCAAAUGGAAUUUUGGAGCUAACUCUCCAAGGGGUCAUAAAUAACUUAGUACAGUUAAGGGCAAGUCUUAGCAGAACCCGUGAAUGGUCAGUUGUAUGUAGACAUUGGUAUUUCAGCCCAACUUUUAGAUUUCUUUCCCAGUUAUUUCAAACACUGUUAUCAGCUGUAUUUUCUUAUAUGGUCUGAAUUUCCUGGGAGCACCAACAGGGUCUUGUUUCUUUGGUUGUAUUUUCACAGCAUCCUUGGAUUUUGUGAAAGAGCCUGUGUAUUUCACUGGGUACUGCUGACUGCAGUGUCUGCUACAACCAUAGCUGUUACUACUGUUAAAUUUUGGCAUUACUGUAGCUCUUAAAGAUUUACUUUACUUUUUAUCUGAUUCUUCUCCCUGUUUUUUCCAUCUGAUCCUGUCUAUGGGGAAGAGGUCACUUCAGUUUCUUUCUCCUUUUCGUCCCUGUAAAUCUCCACAUCCCAGCCUAGCAGAAUUUGGCAAGAUGUCUGAGGAUGGCGGGCAGAAGGCAGUUGCCACACUUCUCAGAAGAGCAGCACAGGAGAGAUGUAGGAUUGCUAUGUUCAGAUUGAGGAAGUGGAAGAUUAAUGAGCAGCUUUUCCUUUGACACAGUGGGAAAUAUGAAGAUUUUAGCUUUUUUAUUUUAGUUUACUUUCCAUAAAUUAAUCUCUGCCAUGUCCUGAAAACCAGGUAGUGUUUGUACAACAGAAGGGUUGACCAGAGCUGGCAAGGAAGAAGGGCUGUGAGUCGAAAGCAAUCCAAGCAAGUAACCCAAAUUAGUCUAGCUGCACUGCUCUGCACAUGCAGUUCUUUAGGAGCUGUUUCCUGCUCUGAACUCACACAAGGAGAUGCUCACUGACUGCUCUUAUUCAGAGUAGCAACCCUGUAUGGUCAGUGGAACUGGGGAAAUAACUGGAGUUUCCGAAUGACUGAAAAACUUUCCAGAGCUCUCUCCUGUAGUAGGGAUGAAGACAGCAGGGGGAUGGGGAGACCUGCAGAGUGGAAGUUCCUGUGAUGCAAAAGUUCAUCAGUGUGAUGCUUUUCUGCAUACCUGAAAGUGCUCUUACUACCUUGAUCCUAGUGAGAAGAUGUAGGGCUAUAUUACUGCUUUACUCAUCUGUCUUUGUUUCAAACACUGUGAGGACCAGGAAAGACAUCGCUGUGUGUUCGGUCUUUAAUCCAAAGUUUGAGUCUAAAGCUUGAACAGAACUGUCUUUUUUUAUUUGUUUUCUGAAGUGGGUGCCUGCAUCUUCUGUUUACUUGUGCUGGUUAAGCACGUGCUGACCAUCAGCCUGGAAACUAUUUUGCACAUGGUUAUUUAUAUAGACAAGUCAUGCUGUGUUUCUGUGUCACUGUAGGAGAAUAUCGGUCCUUUUGCUUUUCUUUACUCCGCAAGAACACUUUCAUUUUCUCACGUGGAGACUUUUAUCCAAUAGAAGCUGUACACUUUUUGCAAGGAGUUAUCAAGCAACGAUGUAAGGAUCAUUUUGAAGUUGUAAUGACCAAUAUUACUUCCCACUUUUUCUACAAGCUAUGGCUGACUCCAGAACUCUGUGUAGCUGAGUUUCCUUUAAGUGCCCAGACCAGUCCCCUGUCCACUAAGUUUGUUGCUAAAUGGUUUCUGGAAACUUCUGUUGUGAGUUUCACACAUUGUGCUCACCGUUAGCAGUUGCCUGGUACUGCCACUGUUGUCCAACAGCCUUUCUAACUGCGUAGCAUCAGCACACUACAAUGACAAAGGGAAGACUUCUUAUGUUUUAAGGAGCUGGGAAAAAUUAAUUGCACAAACAUUUGCAAUACGAUGUAAAGAAUUCAAUAAAAGCUAUUUGAUUGCA